AUGAAGUACGACCCAGAUGAUGACGACGAGGCAGUAUUCUGCAGUCUUGCAACCCGCUUCGGACGCCAGCUGGAAGAUGUCAAGCAUGCAUACACCACUGCAUCAAGGAAUGUCUGCACCGUCUUGCGACGACAGUACUUCAACACUGUUCACGCCACACCAGAGAGGCCUCUAUGCCGAUUGCUCUCCGAAGAUGUGCUUCUUAAGACCUUGGGCUCAUUGCCAUUGGAGGUUGGGUUAAUGACACUUGCCCGAAUAUAUGACGAGUGUCAUGUCGCUCUGUGCAAAACUUUGGCAGCAGCCCGAAGAGGGCGGCCAUACCAUGAACUCUUCAAACGCAACCCUUGUGUAGAUCUUCAGCCGCUGCAUGAUCUUCUGCGUCAGCAUAGCGACGCUGUGGACAAUCAAGUGGUCCUCGAAGCCACUUCGAGUGAGGAAAUCCCCAUGAGAGCAGUAUGGAGGCCCAUGCUAGACAUGUGUUUUGACAGCCUACCUAGACUUCGGUCUCUCUCCAGUUUCUUGCCUGGAGAAAACUCCUCCAGCCAUGAAUACGCUGGUGUUGGAGGUGGAGGGGGUUCCGAUAUCAUUAGUGCAAGCCUGCUGGGCCAUUUGUUAAAACGAUACCAUAAACGGAUGGAGCUAUUGAUAUCGACUCGAACAUGGGCGACCGGAUCGCAAGGCAAAAAAGGAUCCAAGCUAGGAAUCAAACGAGAGGUGUAUCAGCAUGACGGACCAGCCCCUGGAGCAGAUGGACGACCAGUUCCUGGAACCUUCCGUGUCAAAAGCGACACUUAUGCAGAAGGACGCGAUCUCGAGGCCAUUCCACUACAAUACCACGAAAAGAUUUUUAUGGUGCUUGACCAAGGAGAGUCAACAUCUGAUAUUGCUGAGAAGGAGAGAGCAGAUUUAAACGAACAGUUUGCAGCAGUCCUCCGCCAGGCUUCUCGUCCCAUUGAUACUGUGCUCAUUGUCGAUACGGGUGGCGAUGUGUUCGGCGCUGAUAAAGCCGGCGGAACAACACCAGACCAGGACUUCAGGGUACAGAGAGCCAUGGCUGCCCUGUCGUCAAAAUACAAUCUCGUCACCGCUGUGGUAGCACCGGGGGUCGAUGCUCCGGAGGAUGCGGCCAUAAAAGCGAUGGACGCGGGCGGCAAGGUUUACAAACCUACGACCGAGGAGCAAGCCAUGCUUCUCGACCUGUUGGUCAACAGAUACAAGAUGGACGGGUCUGAUCCGAGUAGGUUUGGCAAAACCAUACUAGCUCUACAAGCCCGGUUGAAGGGGGUUAUUGGCUGGACCUCCCUUGACCUCCCAGCAUACGUUGUUGAUACCUGGGACAAUCCCUGGAAUAGUUUUGUCUACAUCCGAGAGUGCAUGAGCGACAUUAUACUGAUGCCUACCAUCAGGUUGCUCCCGCUGAUUGAGCCUAAGAAAACAACCUCAGCUGGUUGA